AUGGAUCCAAAUAAUAUGGACCAAAUAAUUGAUAGACUAGAAGAUAAUUUCGGAAGACCCGAACUAGUCUAUAAAGAACUACUAGCCGAACUCACCAAUAUCAAAAGGGAGAGUCGGAAUUUGAUUACCGAGAUAUCCGAAGCACUGGAUAAUCUCGUCUGUAAUGUUUCUCUUAUGGAUAGAGAAGAAUUCCUGAUUGACCACCGAUUGGUGGAAGAGAUCAUAAGGAAAAUGCCCUACGGUCUACAGGUGAAGUGGACUGAAGAAAUGUACGACGGGGCAAAGACUUUAGCUGAUCUCAAUGAGUGGCUGAAGCCUCAUUCGAGAACCAAUAGACUGCUGAAUGGCACCAGCAGGCCGCAGCCGCGAGAAACAAGCAGACCGCAGCCGCGAGAAAUUAACAGAUCGCAGCCGCGAGACACGAGGCCUGAGCGUCGAUUUAACGUAAAUACGCAUCAGGAAAAUAGAUCGACAAUAAUAAAACGCAAUUGUGAAGCAUGUCGGGGAAACCACAAACUCCUCGAAUGCACCAGAUUUAAGGCUAUGAAGCCUGAAAAGCGAAAUGAAUUAGCCUUUAAGGCAAAGGUAUGCUUGAGCUGUCUCGCAUUUACAAACCAUAUGAUGCGAGACUGCAAAAGAGCAAAACAAUGUGGAAUUAAUGGAUGUAAGUUCAAACAUCAUCCAUUAAUUCAUAAAUCUCAUGAGAGAGAAUCAAGUGAUUCAAAUCAGUCGGAAGGACAGCAUAGUCCAGAUACACAAGCAGAUGGUGAGAUACACAAUCACCAACAACUAACAAAAUCCAACGUAUUCUACCAAAUAGUUCCUGUGACGUUGAAAAAUAAUGACAAAAUCAUCAACACGUUCGCUUUCUUGGAUGCGGGGUCAUCACUCUCUCUAAUAGACGAGGAGAUUGCGAACAAGUUAGGGCUCAACGGAAGAAUUGAUCCGUUAAUGCUAAAGUGGACGCAGAACGUCACGAGAAACGAACAAAACAGCCGUAGAGUUCAGGUACGAAUCAGCGGCGUCAAUCAAAGAGAAUAUGUAUUGAAGGGAGUAAGAACCAUAAAAAAUCUCCAACUCCCAGAGCAAAGCUUCAACAAGGAGGUGAUGGAGAAAAGGUAUCCAUACCUCAAGAAUCUGCCGUUGAGCAGUUACAGCAGUAUACGCCCGACGAUAUUAAUUGGACUGAGUCACAGUCACUUGUUAAUUCCAUUCGAAAGGCGAAUGAGAAAACCGAACGAGCCCACAGCGCUACGAACCAAACUUGGAUGGUUCAUGUUCGGCAACAUAUCGUCCAAUGUGCAAGGCGGACACAUCAUGGUCAUUCAGCAAGAAGAUGAAAUGAACAAGGCUUUGCAGAAAUAUUUCUCCACCGAAGACUUCGGCGUUAAGGUAGUCAAGAAUCUACCAAAAUCAGCUGAAGAAGAAAAGGCUGAACAAAUUCUAAGAAGUACUAUGAAAUACAAGGAUGGUAGAUACGAAGUUGGACUUCUAUGGAAAGAUGAGGAAACGAAAUUUCCAAAUAGCUACAACAAUGCAGCAAAGAGGCUGACAACGAGUGAGAGAACGUUAAAAAAAGACCCAGAGUUGAAAAAAUGGGCAAUAGAAACAUUUGCGGAUUACGAGAAGAAAGGCUACAUCCGCAAACUGUCAGAGGAAGAAAUUAUGAAGCCGAUAUCAAGAGUGUAUUAUCUUCCACACUUUAUUGUGCACAACAAAAAUAAGUUGCCACCUAAACCAAGGUUGGUUUUCGAUGCGGCGGCAAAGACACAAGGUGUAUCGUUCAACACGGAACUGUUAUCAGGGCCGGAUGCUACUACGUCAUUGUUCGGUGUUUUAGUAAGAUUCCGAGAAGGAGCAAUUGCUGUAUGUGGAGACAUCAAAGAGAUGUUCCACCAAGUACGAAUCCGAGCUGAAGAUCAACACGCUCAGAGAUUCUUAUGGAGAGAUUGUGAUAGCAGUAAGAAACCUGAUGUAUACGUAAUGCAGGUGAUGACAUUCGGAUCAACCUGUUCACCGUCAUGUGCACAAGCGGUUAAAAACCACAACGCAGAAAAAUUCAGAAAAUAUUGUCCAGUGGCGACUGAAGCAAUCAUCAAGCAACACUACGUCGACGAUUAUUUGGAUAGUUUCGAAGAGCUUGAUAAGGCAGCAGAGAUAGUACUACAUGUUAUGAAAAUUCACGAUCACGCGGGUUUCCACAUCAGAAACUUUGUGUCAAACAGCAGAGAACUUCUGCAAAGUUUACCCUCGGAACGUGUACAAAUUUCCGGAAUCAAAAUGUUCGAAGAAAAGGAUUCAAUGACAGAAAAGGUACUUGGUGUAUAUUGGAACACCACGUCUGACACACUCGGCUAUCAAAUCAAAUUAGACAAGCUAGGAAGUGAUGUUACACAAAUGCUACGUUUACCAACAAAGAGAGAGGUACUAGCUUUCGUGAUGAGUGUCUACGAUCCACUUGGACUCAUCUCAAAUAUAACUGUGCAUGGAAGAAUCCUCAUGCAAAGGCUGCACAUAGAAAAUAUAGAUUGGGAUGACGAAAUUCCCGAGAAGUUGCAGUCAGACUGGCAACACUGGUUAGAAAUUAUUGAAUCUGCUGAUAGCGUAACGAUACCAAGAUACAUACUCGAAGAAAGAACAGGUGAAGUAGAACUACACACCUUUGUAGAUGCUUCUGAGAAAGCAUUUUGUGCAUGUGUGUACGUAAGAAGUAUAUCUGGAAACACACCACACGUAAGACUUCUAUCAGCAAAGUCUAGAGUAGCACCAGUCAAACCAUUGAGCAUACCACGCCUAGAGCUACAAGCGGCCGUGUUAGGAAGCCGAUUAACCAAAACGAUAAUAGAUGAAACGAGGUUGAAAAUCGUCAGCAAAACAUUUUGGAGUGAUUCACAGACCGUAUUGUCAUGGAUCAAGAGUCCAAAACGAAGAAGCGUAUUUGUGAUGCAUCGAGUAGGUGAAAUCCUGGAAGAUAACAGGAAAAAUGAAUGGCGAUGGGUGCCAACAGAUGAAAAUCCAGCCGAUGAAGGCACAAAGGAAAAGCUAGGAAAAUCACAAUGGUUUGAGGGACCUGAUUUCCUAAAGCUCUCAGAAUCGUCAUGGCCUUCCAUUGAAGAGAAGGAAACAGACGAAGAGUUGAGAGAAACAGUGCUAGUUCACGAAGAACUAAGCAAACUUAGUUUCAUCGAUAAGUACAAGGAAUACUCAGAUUGGUGGAAAUUGGUGAAGAACCUUUGUGUAUUAAACAGGACAAAGGAAAGAUUACGUCGUGGAUAUAUUCCAGACAUUGAGUACUGA